AAACAUGAUUCAAGAUGUAAGAAAACAUUCAGCUGCUCUGAGCGUGGGAGGAGAUUGGGCUUUAAGUCAGAUCUAAAUAAACCUAUGAGAAUCCACACAGGAGAAAAACCUUUGAGCUGCUCUGUUUGUAAGACACCUUUUACACGGAGAGGAGAUUUAAAGAGACACAUGAGCAUCCACACAGGAGAAAAACCUUUCAGCUGCUCAGUUUGUAAGACACCUUUUACACGGAGAGGAGAUUUGCAGAGACACAUGAGAAUCCACACAGGAGAAAAACCUUUCAGCUGCUCAGUUUGUAAGACACCUUUUACACGGAGAGGAGAUUUGCAGAGACACAUGAGAAUCCACACAGGAGAAAAACCUUUCAGCUGCCCAGUUUGUAAGAAAUCUUUUACACAGAGUGGACAUUUACGGUUACACAUGGUGGUGGUCCACAGAGCAGAAAAAAGAUUCAGCUGCAGUGUUUGUAACAAAAGAUUUGGCCAGAGUUCUGAUGUCAAAAGACAUAAAUGUGUUGGUCCGAUGGAAACCGAAGCUUAUGGAGAGGACUGUGGAGGACCAGAACCAGCCAGGAACUCACAUCCACUUUUACAGCCAGAGACUGAAGACCAGACUGGAGACUCUUUUGAACCUGAGACUGGUGACAGUGCUGAUUGGAAGGAGACCAGAGAACCUCAGUCAGCUUUAAACUCUCUGAAACAUGAUUCAAGAUGUAAGAAACGAUUCAGCUGCUCUGUGUGUGGGAAAACAUUUGGCCGCAAUUACCAUCUGAAGACACACAUGAGAACUCAUACAGGAGAGAAACCUUUUAGCUGCUCAGUUUGUGAUAAAAGAUUUUGCUACAGUACACAUCUGAAGACACACAUGAGAACUCACACAGGAGAAAAACCUUUCAGCUGCUCAGUCUGUAAUAAAUCUUUUACACAGAGUGGAAGUUUACGGUCACACAUGGCAGUCCACACAGGAGAGAAGCCUUUCAGCUGCUUAUUCUGUAAUAAAUCUUUUGCACAGAGUGGAGGUUUACAAAAACACACGAGAAUCCACACAGGAGAGAAGCCUUUUAGCUGCUCUGAGUGUGGUAAAGCUUUCUCUGAUAGUGGAACCCUGAAGAAACACAUGAGAACUCACACAGGAGAAAAACCUUUCAGCUGUUUAGUCUGUAAGAAAUCUUUUACACAGAGAGGAAGUUUACAAUCACACAUGGCCGUAGUCCACACAGGAGAGAAAAGAUUCAGCUGCAGUGUUUGUAACAAAAGAUUUGCCCACAGUUCUAAUGUCAAAACACAUAAAUGUUCAGUCACAGUGAAAACCGGGGACAGCUCCACCCGGGGACAGGUCCACCCGGGGACAGGUCCAGGGGACAGGUCACCAGUUUCCGGGGACGUCUGGUCACCCUACACUAGUGGCACAAAGUACGACAAGAACUCGCAGAGACAUACCAAAAUCACCAAUGCUGUAACGUAUUAUUUGGCCAAAGAUAUGAUGCACAUCCACACAGUGGAUAAAAAAGGCUUCAAGAAGCUUCUGAAUGAACUAGACAAACGACACGCGCAUGUGCACAUCCGCACGCGCACAUCCGUCCCUCCCGAAGCCAGUCAGGGAGAUGUUCUGGAAGUGAUUGUUGGUGAAGAGGAGCAGCAGGAGUGUAUCUCCAUUGUGGACCAGCAGGAGUCAGUUUUAAACUCUCUGAAACAUGAUUCAAGAUGUAAGAAACGUUUCAGCUGCUCUGAGUGUGGGAAAAGAUUUGGCUUCAAGACAACUCUAAAAAGACACAUGAGAAUCCACACAGGAGAGAAGCCUUUUAGCUGCUCUGAGUGUGGUAAAGCUUUCACUGAUAGCGGAACCCUGAAGAGACACAUGAGAAUCCACACAGGAGAGAAGCCUUUUAGCUGCUCAGUUUGUAAUAAAUCUUUUACACUGAGUGAACAUUUACAGUCACACAUGAGAACUCACACAGGAGAAAAACCUUUCAGCUGCUCAGUCUGUAAGAAAUAUUUUACACAUAGUGGAAGUUUACGGAUACACAUGAGAAUCCACACAGGAGAGAAGCCUUUUAGCUGCUCUGAAUGUGGUAAAGCUUUCACUGAUAGUGGAACCCUGAAGAAACACAUGAGAACUCACACAGGAGAAAAGCCUUUCAGCUGCUCAGUCUGUAAGAAAUAUUUUACACGAGGUGGACAUUUACAAAAACACAUGAGAAUCCACACAGGAGAAAAACCUUUCAGCUGCUCAGUUUGUAAGAAAUCUUUUACACAGAGUGAAAAUUUACAGUCACACAUUAAAAUCCACACAGGAGAAAAAUCUUUGAGGUGCUCUGAGUGUGGUAAAGGUUUCACAGAACAGGGAAACCUGAAGAGACACAUGAUGACUCAUUCUGGAGAAAAACCUUUCAGCUGCUCAGUCUGUAAGAAAUCUUUUACACAGAGAGGAAAUUUACGGUCACACAUGGCUGUAGUUCACACAGGAGAGAAAAAAUUCAGCUGCAGUGUUUGUAACAAAAGAUUUGCCUGGUGUUCUGAUGUCAAAACACAUAAAUGUAGCAGCGAGGUGGGGGGGAACUCAUACAUGGAGAAGGAGGGUCUUAUAAGAACCUUGGACCUCCUACAUGGAAGUGGUGUGAAGUUGGACUGUAUUAUCACCGAUCGUCACCCUCAGAUCCAAGAGUUCCUGAGAGAACGUAGAAUCACCCACCCCUACGACGUAUGGCAUGUAGCAAAAGGCUCAAACAUGUACGGUUCAACACCUAAUGUCUCCAUGGUAUCUCCACCUUGGAUGUUUCAGUGA